CGUGCUUCAUUCACCUGUUACCGCUGUCAUUAGAGUCGAUCCACACACACACACCUCUCCACUGUACGACUCAGGACACUCGCCGACUGCACACAUCCAACAUCCGCUGCUCAAAAAAGAGGGAGCAAUGACUGGACAUCACUGGGGAUAUGGAGAGGACAACGGUCCAUCAGCAUGGCACAAAGACUAUCCCAUUGCCGAGGGUAACCGCCAAUCCCCUAUUGAUAUAGUCCCUGCAGAAGCUGUAUUUGAUGCCAGACUGUCUCCGAUCUCUCUGUCUUACAACAACUGCACCUCUCUCAACAUAUCAAACAAUGGCCAUUCUGUAGUAGUGGAGUUUGUUGACACCGACGAGAGGUCAGUGAUCCGAGGAGGUCCUCUGGAAAACAUGUACAGACUUAAACAGUUUCACUUCCACUGGGGAGGCAAGGGUUGCAGUGGCUCUGAGCAUACGGUUGGUGGGAAAACCUAUGUGUCUGAGCUUCAUCUGGUUCACUGGAACGCCAUAAAGUACAAGUCCUUUGGUGAGGCAGCAGUAGCCCCUGAUGGUCUGGCUGUCCUUGGGAUCUUUCUGGAAACCGGUGAUGAACACAGAGCUCUUCAUCAGAUAACAGAUGCCUUGUAUAUGGUUAGAUUCAAGGGAAGUGUUGUUGAUUUCAAGGGUUUUAACCCAAAGUGCCUCUUGCCGAACAGUCUGGAAUACUGGACGUACCCAGGCUCUCUCACCACUCCUCCACUGCAUGAGAGCGUCACAUGGAUUGUGCUUAAAGAACCUAUUUAUGUAUCGGAGAAGCAGAUGGGAAAGUUCCGGACGCUGCUGUUUAACGGAGAAGAGGAAGAGGACCGAAAGCGCAUGGAGAACAACUUCCGACCACCACAGCCACUGAAAGGCAGGACAGUGCGGGCAUCUUUUAAGUAGCCUGUUUGCUUAUUGGUGACCAAGACUACAUCACCAAUUGUGAUCAACUAUACUUCAAGACACUGUUCUAGAAUCAACUCUGUGGUUGAAGUAUGAUUAAUAAGGGGUUGGGGUGUGUUCAAUCAUGUCACUUUCUGUCUGCUGCUUAAAGGUGUUUUGGCCGAUGACCUCGAACACAGUUUGACUUUGACAUUGAGCUCUUUGAAUCCGAGGCUCUACAUUUUUAGAUCCCUUCUCAUCCACCUUGAUCAGGCUUGUGCAAGCAUUUUCUUGUUGCAGGAGAUAUUUGUGCUUCCAAAGGGUCCAAGCUGAUGGGGUCUGAUAAACCGGCUGUUGUCUGCUUUCUCACUGCUAUAGGAAAGUGUCUGUAAUCCAGGAGCCUGAAAUUUAACCCGUUAGUCUACAUCAGAGGCUUAAGGCAUGUGUCAUUUAAGCUGUUUAUAGUGUGUGUGUGUGUGUAUAUAUAUAUAUAUAUAUAUAUAUA